AUGCGUCUGCGGGUGCUGAGCCUGGGGGUGCGGAGUCUGGGGGUGCUGAGACUGGGGGUGCUGAGUGUGGGGGUGCUGAGCCUUGGGGUGCUGGGUCUGGGGGUGCGGAGCCUCGGGGUGCGGAGCCUGGAGGUGCAGAGCCUGGGGGUGCCGAGCCUGGGGGCGCUGGGUCUUCUCGUGUGGCCGCCGGCGGUGCUUCGUCGAGGCGGGAGCCACUCUCUCCACAGGUGCAGCGCGAGUGGUUUGCCCGCCGUUGGAGACGUGCUGCUGAGACUGGGGGUGCUGCUGAGGCUACUGGAGUUGGUCCUGCUGGAGCUGCUAGCGGUACUAGUGCUGCUGGAGCUGGAGCGGCUAGGGGUGUUGGCGCUGGUGUUUCUAAUGGCGCAAGUGCGUCUAGGGGUGCUGCUGAGGCUGCUGGAGCUGACGGUCCUACUGGAGUUGGUGCUGCUUGAGCUGGAGCUACUGGGGGUGUUGGCGCUAGCAGUGGUGCUGGCGCUGGUGCUUCUGAGAGUGCUAGAGUUGACGCUGUUGGAGCUGGAGGUGCUGCUGGCGCUGGUGUUGCCGCUUGGGGUACUGGUGCAGUCCCUGCUGGUUCUGGAGGCGCUGAGUGCCCGAGGCCGUACUUCGUUCCGCUCCUGGAGCAGGUUCUUGGUCUCCCACCCUCUCCUAGUCCUGCUCCUUCCUUAG